GUACAGCGAGUGGUGUCUAAACGGACUGCUCUCAUACAAUGAGAUCGUUCAGAUGACCGUGUCGGUUUUAUGGAAGCGUCCACAUUUUGCAGGAUAUAAUCCAUUAAAUUACUUGAAAAAUAGUGUUAACGUACCCACGACAUAUGGUACAUAACAAACGGUUAUUUUAAAUAAUACAUAUUUAGUGAUAUAUAUCUAUGCGUGUUUGUUACCUAGCUUCUGCAAAGCCAUCUGUUCAUACUGUUCGUACAGCUUGCAGCAAAAUAAAGCUGUUUUAGGCAUCUUCCAGUGUAGGCUAUUACACUAAUCUCCAAGUUUCACAGCUGUUACCUAUCUUUGGACUGUUUGCAGUGAACAUGGACGAAGACAGUCAAGUACCUGAGGAUCUCUCGCUAGAUGAAAGGGACGAGCUGUCAAACAUACGACGGAGGAAAAAAGAGCUGUUGGAUGAUAUUGAGAGGUUGAAGUUUGAGAUUGCUGAAGUCAUGACUGAAAUUGAACAGUUGACAUGUGUGGGGGAGAGCAAAACAUCACAGAGAAACAAACAGAUUGCCAUGGGCAGGAAGAAAUUUAAUAUGGAUCCUAAAAAAGGAAUUCAGUUUCUCCUGGAAAACGACCUGUUACAGAACACUCCUGAAGACAUUGCACAGUUUCUGUACAAAGGCGAGGGUCUGAACAAAACUGUUAUUGGGGAUUACUUAGGGGAGCGGGAUGAUUUUAACAUCAAGGUCCUCCAGGCAUUUGUGGAGCUUCAUGAGUUUGCAGAUCUUAACCUUGUGCAGGCUUUGAGGCAAUUUCUGUGGAGCUUUAGACUCCCUGGAGAAGCUCAGAAAAUUGAUCGGAUGAUGGAGGCCUUUGCGUCACGCUACUGCCAGUGUAACCCAGGAGUCUUUCAAUCCACAGACACAUGCUACGUGCUCUCCUUUGCCAUCAUCAUGCUGAACACCAGUCUGCAUAACCCCAACGUUCGGGACAAGCCAGCGGUGGAGAGGUUUAUCUCCAUGAACCGUGGGAUCAAUGAAGGAGGAGACCUGCCAGAGGAGCUUCUGAGAAAUUUAUAUGAAAGUAUUAAGAACGAACCAUUCAAAAUCCCAGAAGACGAUGGAAACGACCUGACGCACACGUUCUUCAACCCGGACAGAGAAGGGUGGCUGUUGAAGUUAGUGUCCUCCUCCUCUCCUCCCAUCUUCCCUGCCCUCCCUGGCAUGAUCGUUGUGCUUUUAUUUUGUCUGUUUGGUGUGUGUUUUUGUUUUUGCUUGGUUUGUUGUGAAAGGUGGAUGUUUAAAUGUGCCUUCUUGUUUACUUAUGCCCUAUGACCUCUCACCUUUCUGUUCUGUGACUGGCUGUCUCCACUUACUGUGCACCAGGAGGUAGGUACCCUAGAGGGCCCCCCUCCCCCCAUCCCUCCCCUGCCCCCUCUGCUUCCAUUCUCAUUUCUAUUUCUAUCUUUCAUCCUUAAUGUUUGCUGUUUUGUCAGAUAGCUGUAAUUCACAGAGGCUAUAGCUGCACAGUGCCUUCCAUCUAAUUUCCUGGUUACUGUUCUGAUCUCGGUAGAUCAGUGGGCUAGGGCAGUUAGGGGGUGAAAGGUCAGCCCAACACUGAGAAGUCUGGGUUUGCUGACUCCCUCACAUGCUGGCUCAGACUGGCACCUACCUCUCACUGUGUGCAAGGCCGCGGCUGGCUAAUUAAGUCCACUCUAUGCGAAUCUCACGUGUGUCUCAAAUGCCAAGAAAGGUUGCUGGUAUAGUGGACUUUCUCAAGGAAUGUUACAGUCUACAAUUUUGUGAUGUUUUAAUUCAUUAUAUUUAGUUGCGAUGAUGUGCACAUAUAACUCCUCAAAGAAAAUACAAUUCUUAUAUGUCCUUACAUGGAUUAUAUACCAUCAGCAUUAACUGUCAGGAUUGAUAAUAAGGAAUUUUAAGGCUUAGGUUGUGUUCAGUUGUGUCAUUUCUUUGCCUUUUCUAUUUUGAAUUGAUGAUUCCAAAACAGGAAUGAAAAAAAUGAGUUCAAACAAACAGAAAUUAACUAUAAAAUGGAGAUUCCAGGCUUUUCCAGACUUGACCUCUGUUCAAACACGUAGGUUGGGAUGGUCCAUGAAACACUAGGAAGGAAUGUACUGGAGGUGCUGUACCACUUUGGGAUUACUGUAAGCGCCACUGCCCACUUCCCACUGCAGCAAGGCUUUGUGCGCAUUCCACCUGAAUGAGAGGAGAAACGGAUCUCCCGCCAGGACUACAGGCACGGCCUGCCGCCCAUUGUGAUUGUCUCUCCUCCAGGCCUGCCCGGACUCAACCUGUGUGCUGCUGUUGCCCAACACUACUGCGUCAUUAGAGCUGUGUCAUAAUGGCUGGCCGCCGGCUACAGUCUUUCUCACUGGGGUCCCCUCCUCUCUCCACAAGCUGCAUUUGCUCAUUUCUUCUAAUGACGGUUUUUCUCUUUUGCCUUGCGUGUUAAAUUCAGCUGAACUGCCCGUGGGAUAAUGCUCUCCCUUUACUACAUAAUUAUUCGAUUUCAAUGGUUUUCCAGGUAAUUAAAUGGAAGGCUGGCACUGUUGGAACUCCAACCCUUUUCCAUAAGUAUUGUGUUGCUUUCUUCAGUUGGACACAUACACAGUGACUACAGUAUGCAAAUACAUUGACAGGGGUUGUGUUGCUUUAGGGAGAACUCAAUACAGUGUAAAUGAUUCAGAUAAAGUGGGGGAAGGUUAUGGCGUGGUACUGCUAUUUGGAAGCGGAACACAACAAUUUCUGCGAAUGGGGUGUGCUCAUGCAUAUGGGCAAGAAUGGGGGUUUGGUCGCACUCUACAGUACUCAGAACAAAAAGAGGCUUACUGCAGCAGAACCCGCAAGCCUUACUCAACAGUGGAGUGUAUUAGCGGGUGAAUGUGGUUUGUGUUGGGUGUGUUCUGUUCUGAAUGAGCCUCAUUGUGAGAGAGGUGCUGAGAGAGGGACGAUGAGUGCUGGUGGCACUGGCUGCAGUGAGCCUCAGCUGAAGCUGUGCUGUACUGAGUCUGCAACCAAUGGUGGUUUGAGGGGAGAUCGAGCUGCGUCCUUCUCUAACCACAUAACACAGCUCCUGGCAAGAACACAGUUAGCUCAACAGCUGAAAAUACCCAGGUCCCUUGCUCUAGGGACUAGAGCACUAAUUGAUUCACGGCAGAGGUGAUGUCAUCAUCCAUGGGGAAUGCACAGACUCACUGCAUCACUUCAAAUGAAAAGGAAAGGGGUGUGAACAUCUGAUUUAUUUGAAGAAUAAGCCUGAAUUCAGGGUGUGGUGCCUGUACCACAUUAGAUUGAGAAUUAUACAAAAAAGGACAUUUUGUGUGUACGUAAAUAUGGUGUGUGCAAUGUUUAUACAUCUUGAUUUCUGAUGGAAUUAUUAGAAGACAUUUUUAAAGCAAAAAAAGAUAAAAUUAGAGUACCUCUUUGAAAAAAGCAUCUUGUUUUGAGCAAAAUUAUCUAAAAUUGAAUGGAUUGGAACUGGUGAUUGUAACAAAGAAAAUGAGGCAUAUGUUGUAACAAGAGAAAAGGGCUGGAGUUUUGUUGAAUGCAUCUCUGCUUUUAGAAAACGUCAUAUUUAAAAUCUUAAUUUACACUGACAUCUCAAUCAAAUACAUUCAUUGCAGAAAUAAUACUACUAAGCUACUUGUUUUUUUGCCUGUUUUGUCUCAUGCAGAAAUGUAAUUAUUUGGCAUGGAGGUAAUACAGUUUGAAUUACUCUGUAUGCCCUGGCCCCUCUCGCUGAGGAAACGCAUGCUGUCACACGUGAAAAUCUUGCAUUACUGAAAUUUUUGAUGAAAUUGAAUGCACAUUUUUCCUUCCCCAUUUCCUCUCUGGAGGGUGUCUUAAGAAAACAUUCAGCUUCUGACAGAAUUUUGGGGAAGGGAUUCAAGCAGCCGUUGUUAUUGCUAGGACCAAAUGCAUCAAAUUUCAUAAAAACCGUAGAUCUGCAGACAGUUAGUUUCGACAGAAAAUCUUGAAAAAUACAUGUUAUUUUCAACACUGGCAGUUUGUCAGGAUUUGUAUUCACCCCCAUCUGCAUUGUUGGGCUGUUUUACUUCUCAGAAGGUUAUCUGUCUUUUCUCACACAUCAUGUGUUUUGUUUUA